UUUGUAUGGCAAUGGGCAAGGUAAUGGAAAAUGUGACAUUUGUGAUUUGGCUGGGUGUGUUGAGUUGUGGCUUUUAGAAAUACUUUUUAACUGUUUUCAGUAUUUAUUAAAACACUUUAACUGUUCGCCAUGAGUAACUUAGAAGAAAAUGGAAAAAACCCGCCGAUAAGUGACUUAAAUGGAAGCGUAAACAGUGAAAAACCACGCAAAGAUUGGGUGAAAUUUGAAGAAGAUUCUCCUCUAUCUACGGUGCCUCUGUCGGAGAUAUCACCACAGGCGGCUGCUGCUGUUGUUCCUAGCACAUCCGAGUCCACGAGUUCGGCACAUCCAGCAGUAUUGAAGACUGAAUCGGUGCAUGUAAACUUAGAGCGCGGGGACAAAUCUGUGGAAGUCGCGCCUCAACCAACGUUAACUAAAAAUGUUGAAUUUGUUAACAUUCGUACGGGUUUUUCAAAUGGGGACAUCAUAGUAACUAUACUUCCAUCAAAUACCAAGUGGCCAUGGGUUACAGCAGCGCGCUUCAGACCUGAAUUAGUUCCUGAAGAACUCAUGGCUCAAGGACUCACUCUGACUGUUGAAGAAUAUGUCCACGCCAUGGAAUUACUUGUGAAUGAUGCCCGCUUCACUCUGUACAAUAUCUGCUACAAGCGUGUUCUUGUUUGUUGGAUAACACUUGCAUUUCUAGUGCUCCUAGCUCUACUCUUUUCUGGAUUGACAGGUCUCUUACUCUUUUCCCUCGGUGUCUUGUGGCUAGUACUUAAUGCUGCUGCUAUAUUCCUUUGUAUGUGGAUAAAAUUAACUCUUUCAAAGGGCCUGGAGCAAUGUCUGGCAAGUGUGAAUAAGUUGCUAAAUAAACAUAAAUUGAUAUUGGCCUUGGAUGAUCGAGGAAAGAUAUCUUGCCAUAAAGUUAAUCUUUGUUUCAUUUAUUUUGAUUCUGGUCCUUGUGUGGCUCACAUUCAGCAGUUUAUUGAGAGUGAAGAGGGCAAAACUAUAAUGCAAGGCUGGGAACAGAGACUUGAUGUGUCGGCAAAUGAUAUAGUCAUUCAAGGAAGUCAGUCAACUAGAUUGUCUCGGAAACAGGAAAGAGGUGCGCUUCUCUAUUUGCGGUACGUGGGGCGAUGGGGCGCCAUGGCUGUCAAAAACAGACUUAAUCUCAGCAGCACCGUGCCAGGCCGCCAUGGUGAGAAAUACGUCUGCCCUUGCCAAUUCAUAGAGGAGCACCUUAAAUGCAAGCCACCGGCUGGCAUUGCAAAGUUUUUCAUGUUACCGAAUCAGAAUGUUCAACUGUUUUAAGUGUUGUUGUAUUAUUGAAUCCGUCCAAUAUGUGUUGUAUAUAACAUAUCACAUAGGUUAAGAAAACGUUUAUGAAUAUAAUUGUUAUAGGUAUCAAUAAGUUUUUAUGUGCCCUUAUAUAUUUAAUAUUUAUUGACCCGAAGUGUUGAACGUUCGUAACGAUUUGAAUUUAAGCUUUAACGGCUUAUAUGUUAAACAUAUAUAAUUGUUAUUAUUUAGGGACAGAUUUUGGAAUUUUUGGACAGUAUUAUCUGAGACAAGUCAUUAAUAAUGAGUAAUCAUACUAAUAAUCUCUAUGAAAAUAUGUACCUAUUUCUCCUAUACAUUUUAUGAGCAAGACUCGGAAAAACGCCCGUCAUUAUGUAAUAUAAUCACGUAAUUUAGGAUCCAUUUAUGAGUCGAAAAUGUUCGUUCAGUCUACGGACGUCACUGGGGCAUAUUUAAUCGUUCACAUUAGUAUAAGGAAGUCUCUGUUGUACGGAACAGGGUUAUGUUUACAAAAUGACGUUUUUCUGAGCCUUGUUCAUGAGGUAUCUUUAGGUACUGCAAGGUUUCAGUUCCAUAUGUUUUGUAAGGAAUUUGACCUCGCUUACAUAUUGCCUCCAGUGAAUCUCUUUACCGUGUGAUAGACAACCCGCUGUUCACUUCUUCAAUGAGUAUCAUUUCAUACUUUAUUCAUUGCAAAAUAUAUAAGCAUUACAAUCCAAAAAAAAAAACAAGUCGCUUAUAUACAAAGACUAUUCAUAUACUUAUUUAAAUGCUAUACAUAUUUUAUUCCGGUGUUCAAACUGUCCCACAAAAUGUAAAAUCGCACAAGAUAACAUGACUAUUAUAAAUAGAUCUCUAAGCUAAAAACUUAAAUGUUUUCAACAAAUGGCAAUAUGUACUACCUGUAAAAACCAUGAAUAAUCUCUUUAUUUUAUGAUUUGUUAUUGCUAACCCUGAAAAUAGUAAAAAUGUACCCAUAUGAAAUGUACGUACCUAACCCAGAAUUUGUUCGCCGCUUUCACUAAUAAGAAGUGGAGACGAGAAAACAAAAUUCUAUAAGCGUAUUAAUACGUAAUGAAUAAAAAACCUUGUAAAUAUUAAUAGGUUUGGUAUCGAAUAUUUAUGCAUUUGUGGCCAUAAUUAUCUAAAAGCCAUUGUAUAUAAUAUAAUGUUUAACUAAACUUCAUUAAGAAAAAACCGUUCCACUCUAGGUGAAAUAGUGUAAGAUACCCCAUAUUAUGGAUUUAAUUCUUUUGAAUAAUAUCAGGGAGAAUUUGAUAUUCAGCAAAACAUUGGUGGCAAGUACGUUCUCUGUACGUUUUGUAAAGCAUGAAUAUGCAUUAAUUAUAUCUUCUUAGCUAUCUAAUGUCGGAUAUUUUGUUAUUUAUGGUAUUUUUAUCGGUAUUAUUAUUCUAUAAUUUCUGAUGUAGUAGAUUAAGUUGUGAGAUUGAACAUAAAUUACAUGUAGGGGUAAUCAUUUUGGAACCCCGUCAACAGGUAAAAAAAAAAAAUGUUUUUGCGAUAACGGGAGUGGUUAUAUAGUCACUCAUUGUCAUUAUCCGUGUACACUUAGUAUAGAUUCAUGGUUAGGUAUUCUAAUAAAAACACCCCUCCCUACAUACUUUUGCUUACCUACUGUGUACCUAUACAAAAAUAUAAAUAUGUAAUCUCAAAAAAAAAUCUUUUUUGGGUCCGUAGUUUAAGAAUGCCAACCCUCUGUAUGACCGUCCACCUGUAGGUACUGUACAUAUAGAUGGUCAAGCAAAUCUUGUCAGCAAAAAAGGCACGAAAUUCAAAUUUUCUAUGAGACGAUAUCCCUAUUUUUCAAAUUUGCCGCCUUUUUCUACUGACAAGAUCUGCUUGACCAACAUAAUAUAUAUUAUGUCUGUAACCCGGGCUGUAUUAAUUGCCUGUGAUGUGUUAGGGUCGGGGCAAUUAUGGCUGCGUUACUUUCUCUUGAUAUAAGAAGAUGUAACAUGAAAAUUUCGGAGUUAAUUUUUACUUAAUGGUAUAAAGGUAGGUACGGCAACAUCUAUUUUGCGUGAUCCAACGCGCUCUUGGAAGAGUUUUUAAAUUAACUAUACACAGUAAAACUCGAUUAAUAUAUUACAUAAAAUGUUUUUUUUUCGACUGAAUUUAGAUCACAAUCUAAUGCAGCUAGUCAGUGAAUUUUUUUUU